AUCAUGGACAAGGAUCCCGAUACAUUCUGGCAUUCUGAUGGCCCCCAGCUCCAUUUUAUCACGGUGGAGUUCCCUGCCAAGUGGCAAUUGAGUCAGAAAAUCGGUAUCUACCUUAGUUGGGCACAGGAUGACUCGUACACCCUAUCCGCUCUGGCUAUCCGUGCAAGAAUUUGUUCCGGCGACCUUCAAAAUGUACUGGUCGCUAAUUUGGAGAAACCGGACGGCUGGAUAACAUUUUAUGUUUCCUCAGAACCUGAC